UAGAAAAAUAACCUCAAUUAUUUUAAAUCAUUAAUUUUAUAAACAUUUCCUAAUUAUUUAUAACUAAAUGCAAUGUUAUCGUUAAUAUCGCGUAGCAAGUGGCUCAGUAAAUCAGCGAAAUGCCUCAGAACAGUUUCGGCUCAGACAGCGCUGACUCAGAACAAUGAAAAGCCCAAAGACGUGCUCAGAAAGCAAGUUUUAGAGUACAGGCACGUUUACCCGGAGUUUUUGCCUGAUCCGAACCCGGAUUUCCGGAAUUCGCUCAGGGAAAAGCUGGAGCGGAACGAUAUGGUCGCUCGGAGGACUCAGAUUGAUAUACCAGAGUUUUAUGUUGGUUCAAUUUUGGCAGUCACUUCUUCUGAUCCUCACAGCCCGGGCAAAACUCAGAGAUUCGUCGGCAUUUGCAUUAAACGCGAAGGCUGCGGCCUCAGAGCUUCAUUCAUACUCAGAAACGUCAUAGAUCAUCAAGGUGUAGAAAUGAUGUACGAAAUGUAUGACCCUGCCUUGCACAAAGUUGAAGUCUUAAAACUGGAAAAACGUUUGGAUGAUCAUCUGUUGUAUCUCAGAGAUGCUUUGCCUGAAUUUAGUACAAUUGACGUUAAUAUGGACCCGGAAAUUUUGACAGAAGGUGCCCCAGUGCCCAUAAACCCCAUCAAAGUGAAGCUGAAGCCCAGGCCUUGGCUGGAAAGGUGGGAGAGGCAACAUUUGCGUGGUGUCCAGGACCUUGGCUUGGCCGAAAAGUUUUACAAAAGGGCCCAGGAGUUGGAGAAACCUUGGGAGAAAUACGAUUUAAUGAAGGAGUAUAUGAAAACAAUCCCAGAAGAACAACAGCUGGAAAUCUUUGGCGAAGUGCAAUCUGAAUUGCACAAGUUGGAAUUGCAAAGGAGGAAAAUGAAGAGGAAACGGGUUUUUGUUAAACCGAGCAAAUUAGCUUAAGAUGUAUUAUUGUAAUGAGUGAACUUGUGGUAUUGUUUUAAUAAAAUGGAAGUUUUUGGUAAUCAAUAACUGUUACUAAAAC